AGGAGGCCUCCCUCAAACUGUGUUUGAUUUUAUAUUAUGCUUGUUAUUUGUUUCCCCCAUUUCCACUUUGAUGGUCGUUUCUCUUCCCCUUAACUUUAAAUUUGGCCCUUGGUGACAUAUCUCACCUUGAGGAUAUGAGCAUCAAGCAGGCUAUGGAGGAGCUUGUCAAGCUUCGGGGUAACAACUCCACGGGCCAUGCCUUCUUAACAUCAAGCCUGCGCCUUGUGUGUGUCUCCCUGGCAAACCCGGAAAUUCAAAGAAGCUGCACUUAUUCGUGGAUCUGUCUUUUUUAUUUUACUUCUUUGCCAAGUAGCUUAACGAAUUCGGUAGCUUAACGACUUCGGCGGUAGGCUUACCAAGAACGGAGGUUAUAUCCGCCGUUAGAUCAAGUUAGUACCAAUAACUACAUCAAAGAGCUAGAAGUCAACUUCGAGCUCAGAAAUCUCCGGUGGUACUUUGCUAUCUCUAUACUAAUAUUGAUGCAACUUUGUCUUGGAUGCAUUCGUUUGGAACCAUUGAUUAUCAAUUAAAGCAAUCAACGGCUGAGAUUGCUUUGUCCGAAGUUUUAGACAUUCACCUCUCCCGACCCGGGCUGUAUAAAUAUAUCAUUAUCAUUAGAGGCAUAAUUAGGGUUACGCACAGACGAAUUCAAGCCAAGGAAACACCGUUUAGUAUAAACCAUAGCUAGUGAAGGGAGAGUCCCUUUGGACGUACGAGACAUCGAGAUUAUGGAAGAUGAUGCUGAUCGAAUAUCGCAGUUGCCGGAAGCCAUCAUGGAGAAAAUCCUCUUUCUCUUGCCAGCCAUGGAUGCAAUUCGUAUGAGCUUCUCCUCCAAGAUAUGGCAAAGUCUAUGGAACUCCUUGCCCGUCUCCAAUUUUGAUUUCCUUAACGAUCCAGCAUUUGGUCACUAUAGAUAUAGUAGUUAUGUUCCACCUUAUUAUGAGCAUUCAACAGUAAAGAAACUUAUAGCUAAAAUCGAUGAAUCGUUGAAAAUACUUGAAGAAGAUGAAGAGCAUCAUCAGAAAAGGAUCAUAGAAUCUUUUAGGGGAAGAGGGACCUUGUUUAGGAAUGAGUACGAAGCUUCUCAGUAUCUCAAUCCUUGGAUCAAGCUGGUGACCAAUAACCCCAUCAAAGUGCUAGAGCUCCACUUUAAGGCCAUGCAUAGAAUAAAACUUUGUCGCUGGCCCUUUCCUUAUUCUCUUGGUGUUGAUGGAACUUCAUUAGUCGUGUUGAGGUUAAGUCAUUGUCUUUUGGAGCCCUACACGUUGGAGAGUCAAAUAAUAGCUUCAAAGGACAAGAGAUUUCCCUUCUUAAAAGAGAUCAGUUUGCUGCGUGUUGAAUUUAGUGGUUCCCUUGUUGAUGAACUCCUUUCAAGAUGCCCUUCGCUUGAGACUUUGAAACUCCAUCACUGUUUAAACCUCAAAUCACUUCGAAUUUGGGGAGCCAUGUUUCCUAAGCUGAACACGGUUUCCCUUGUACUCGGGGAAACUCUUGAUUACAAGAUUGAACUUCCUAAUCUUCAUACUCUUUGUCUGGAAUUUGUUCCCCCUCGUUACGACGAGCUUGGAGAAGUUUGCUGUAGUAAUGUGAAGAAGUUGAGUGUUUGCGCUCCUCCGAAUGAAGUCAUCAGUACCAACCAAUUUCUUGAGGAACUUUUAUCCAAGUUUCCCCUUCUUGAGGAUCUGACUUUGUCUGCCACUUUAGAUUCAGCCGAGACGAAAAUCUCUAGUCAUCAACUCAAGAAAUUGACAAUAAUAGCUAAUGCAGGAAUAGAAAAGCAUUAUGGUUAUAUAUGGGAGCUCAACCUAGACACUCCAAAUCUUCUGUGUUUCUUGUGCAAAAAUUGUGGAGCUCGCAAUAUUUCCUUGAAUUCUACCAAGUUAGAAGUAGUUAAUCUUGAGAUAAAGAUUGGAUCUUAUGUGCGGAUUGGACCUGGACCUUGUCUGUACCAUAUUGGCACGCUAUGGUUUCUUGGACUGCAACAAUGUCUACGAAACUUUACUCCACAUGACGCAUUGAACGUAACAAUUAAGCCUCUGAGCAGUGUCGCAUUUUCUCUCGAAGAACUAAGAGAGGAGAAUUUUCUUCCCUUGCCUGAAGUCCAGCACUUGUGCUUGGAAGAUACUGCAUCAUUUUCAUAUCGUCCAGCUGCACUAGAUUAUACAAAUUUUAUCGACGGCUUACUCUGGAGUUUUCAUCCAGUAACUCUAUCCGCACACGUCAUUCUCGGCAAUUCACCUAACAACAAUUUAAUAAAGUUCAUUUACGAGAAGUUAAUCUGUCGGGACGAAAAUCCUCUCUGCUGCAGAGAAAACCAUGUCAAAUGUUGGCGGCAUUACUUGAAGUCAAUCAAGAUUCAAAGCUUUACUAAAGAAGGACAGAAUUCUUAUGGCAGGGAGUUGUCCAGCUUAUUGGCAAAUCUUGAAGAAGUUGAGGAAGUCACUUUUGAAUUACAAUGGUUAUCAAACAAUUAGACAACUACCGUACUGGAACAAAUAAAUAUGUGCGAUUACCAAGCAUAUAACUCUGGUUGAUUGGUCUUCCAUUUACUAUAUAUCUAGAGCGUCAGAACUGUAUUACAGUAGCUGUUCAAAUAUGCUUACAACUACAUAAUAUAAAGAAACUAUAUUUUAAAGGCAUUAUACUUUUGCAUAUAGCAACUAAGAUGAUGAGCUACAUUUUUCAAAUCUAAUUACUUUGUCAUUCAUCCCAUGUCAAAUUCAACCCUCCUAUGUUCAAUAGUGGAGUAAACUAGAAGAAAUGAAAAAGGAAUGGAAUCAUAGACAGAUACAUCUAUAGAUACAAAUGAGCAAAAUGUUGAA